AGGUAAAUAACAUCGUCAAGUCAUCCGUAAACAGAAAUGGAGUGCAAGUUUUCGUCACGAACUCACGUUUCCAAAUAACAAUUAAUUCGUUUGAAAUGUGACAUUUAUCAUUAGAUUCCAAAUCCUGUCUUCUCUAAUGAAAUGAGUGCUUCACGGCAAUGGCGAUACAGGAUGUUUUUGGGGUUGAUGAUUGUUUACAUGGCAACUGCUUGCAUUGUGGCUUGCGCUUUGCUGUGGACCACUGUAACACAAUACAAAGUUGAAAAUAUCAGUGACACCACAGAAAAUCAGUUUCUAGUCCCGAUUUGUGGCAUCAAAAAGGAUUUAUAUAGUGACCCCCAUAUGAAUUGUGAUUUACUUGAUCACUUAAGCUACGAGAAGUUUGUUGCCAACGGGUGGACAAAAAUUGUGUACAGUGCCAAGUUAAAUAACCAACCAAUAGCAAUCAAAACAGUCAAUUUAAAAGGAAAAGAUAUAACUGAUUGUGCCAAAACCAAGUCUAUACUGUUGUGCCAUAAUCGAGCUGCUGAAAAAUUAGUCAAAGAAAUAAAUUUAUUGAAGGAGCUUAAGCAUGAAACCAUAAUUCAGAUGAAACAUUAUUGUGCCAAAACAUCAGAAGACAAUUUGUGCAUGAAGUAUGCAGUGAUUGCUACAGAACUAGGCGAUCCUCUGACCAACCUUAAACUUCUGCAAAUGACAUGGGAUCAGAGAAGAAAGAUUAUUAAAGACCUUGCAAAUUUAGUUAAUUACGCCCAACAUAGUCCUGUUGGUGUUUUAGGCCUAGCAGAUCUGAGAAGGCCUCAAUUUGUACUCAUUAAUGGUAAUAUGAAACUGACCGAUCUUGACGAUAUCAUUGUCGGUGAGCCCAGAUGCGUAACGAACGUGGAUUGCUCAAAUUUGAACAUUACCAUUCAAUGUAUUUCAAGCCAUUGUGGAGGAUACAACUCAAAAUUGAACAUUCAAAAGUCCUUCCAAGAAUUUGGAUCAUACAUUUUCCUGAUGGAAGGAGUUCCCAGAGAGAAAAGAGUGGACCUGGAUAGGCUGCGUCAAUUGUGGAAAGGAAACAAUGUGACAACCGAGCAAUUGUUGGCAGAUGCUCUACUUCUUUGAUGCUUCUCAUUUCUUUCCCUUGCCAGAAUAAUUGAUAGGAGACUUACGGUGCCAUUUUCCCGCUGAGGACCACGUAUGGACUUUGUAAUUCUUUUUGCUUGUCUUGUAAUUUUUUUAGCGUGUUCAGAGGUGUGUCAGUUGAGGACAUUCGAUUCAUCAGCUGAAUUCAUGAAAAAAUUGCAAAAAGGGCAUAAACAAUCUUGUGUACAAAUAAAAAAUAACUAUAUAAAA